CACACACACACACACUCCCCUAAGCAGGACCCACUCCCGGGAGCAAGGAAUAUAAUUUGUUGAAUGGUGCUACUGGAAAAAGCAGCGACAUUACACUUUACGCAGGCAACGGAGGCAGGCAACUGGCCUUGUGACUGCAACCAGCGGCUUUAAGAACACAGUCCUUUCUGCUUGAAGGCAGAGAAGAAAUUGUUUUUGCCUCUUUUUCUAUUUGCAGUUAUUAUCCGAGAGGCUUCCCCGACCCCAAUCCCCGAGACCAUCCUCAGAGUUUCAGGUCAUCCACUGGCAGUGCCCAAAGGGGGGGCCCUAGGCAGCCGGUCUAGGGCCAAGGAGGGCGGCUCCCUCCGCGCGGAAUCCUUCCCUACUGACUCCCAAAUCCGGCGAUUUCUCUGCCUGCCUUUCCCUCGGGGGAGACUCUCGGAGAGGCUGCAAAAAUCUGGGCGCCCGCUCGCUCGCUUGUCAAGAAGCAAACUGUCUUCACAUUCUCCAAGAGCAACAUCCCUGCCUAGGAAAAGGAAGGAAGAGGCAAAAUAAAUAAAACCAGUUAAUGUUGUAGUUAACUUGCAAAUCAAGUAAAUCUGUUGGUGCCGUAUUUGAGAAAUAAACCAUCAGAGCGUCACAGCAAACACACACUUCUGAACGUCUUCAUUUUGAUUUAAUGGUAUAUCAGCGUCAACUAUCGCUUCCUCUGCUGGUACACACGGCCUGAUGCCGCGGGAGGAGGGUGCCCAUGUUUAUCACCGAGUGAGAUGACUAAUUACACCUUGUCAAUCACCGGCUAUGAAGACAUAAAACCAGCGCGCACAAUGAAGUAGUUGCCUGCAGCGUCAAUUAGUUGGCGAUUCGGAGGUUAUUGCGUGGCCCUGCUUUGGCCGCCUCUAAUAACGGGACCGAGCGCCGGGAACAGCGCACUGAUCAAUCACCCUCCUUCCGCGGCUCCCCGGAUCCCACCCCCUCGUCCCCCGCCCCGCCCGGCCUCACUUUCUCUGGGCCGCAUGUGCUUCCUCCCUCCGCGGCCCAGGCUCCGUGGCGCCGGCAGCCCCGGGAGCCCCGGGAAGUUUGCGCGCGGCAGCUCCGCAGCCGGCAGCCGGGAGACCCGCAGCCUUCGGGGAGCGCCGGGGCUGGUGGCCCCUUUGUUGGAAGAGGCGUGGAGGGAGCGCUUUUGUUCUGAGUUAGUCACGGUGGCCGGCUGGAGGCUGCUACCUCAUUAUGCGCCGGGUCUGCUUGUCUGCGAGGAAGCAGAUGGUGGGGAGGUAGGCAGCGGCGUGAGUAGCCAGACCUGAAUCCCGUUCACCUGUCACCUCCCACAAAAGGCAGGUUCUGGGGAUUUCGGGAUUCUUUUUCCCUCUCUGGGGGAGGGGCGUCGAGGGGCCGCCGUUUCCGACGCCUCGGAAUAUUACUUUUACCUGCUCCCCCUACCCCCUGCCUUCCCCUCGGCUGCGGCUUCUCGCACCGUGUAAAUGUCACUCACGUGUCAGGAUGUGUGUUUACAGCCUGUUCCUUUCCUUGUUUAGUCUUCACGGACAGGGCUCAGCGGUUGUGCGACGUCCCCCCCACCCCCCACCCCCGCCCCGCCGCUGGGGGAGAUUAGCAAAGUUAUUCGCCUCUGAGCCCAGGGCUAGGGCACCCAGAUCCCGCCCCGCGGCGGGAGAUGCUUUUGAGUCUCUAGCGGACCCGGGCGCGUCCCAGCCUGACACCUAGGGAUGCUUAAGCGGGCGCACCGGCGGGAAUCUUGACUGCCAGGGAAUUUGGGGUCGGUCAGGGAUGGGCGUGGGCUGCAGGUCGCACAGGCGAUAAAAUCGUGUACUUACAUUUGUGAGGGUGGGGGGGGAGUGAAGAGCCGCAGGGUGCGUUUCCCUGUUUUUUGAGAAGCCCGCGGUAAGAGUUUCCGAGUGCUCCUCCUCCCCCACCCGCCCCCCUCCUCCUAAAGCAGCCCCUAGAAUUCUCCAAAGCGUAUUGUAUCCAUCUAGCCUGGGCGCGGAGCUGCACCAAGGACACCCUCUCCAGCGUUGUUACAAUUUUUUCUACCCUUUGGGCGACCUCCAGAUGAACCCCGGUGACUCCCAGAUUAGGUUUUCAUUCCUUACUUUCUUUGAAAGAAAGUGCCCCAGAUGCGUCGGUAAAACAUGCCUGUGUAUACGUGUAGGCGUCCGCGUGCCUGGGCGCGGGCCGUGUGCAGGCGCCAAGGCACACGUCUGUGUGAACACUCGCGCACGCGCGCGUCUUUGGGUUGAUGGUCCUUCCGUCGCAUUGGGGCAUCUGUGCAUGUGCAGCGUGUACACACAUACUUGUAACUUAAGGAGUUUUUUCAAAUACGCAAAACGUGGCCUCGGAGAAGCGCACGCAGUGAUUUAGGUAGUAUUGUCUGAACAUGCAAUUGCAUGUAUAACAUGCAAUUUACCCGUUUACAAGUGCAUCCUCCCGCCUGGCACUGGACACUUACACUUGAUGUGUCUGUGUAGACCCUAGCUCUACAUUGCUGCCGGUCGUAUUUUAUGCCAACAGAGAUGAACAUGUGUGUUUGCACACACGAACACUAGUGCAUGUGCUUGGGCAGUACAAGCACACAUAUAUUUAUGUUUGAAAGUUACGUCCGGUAGGUAGAAGGUAGGACUUUGUGCCCCCCCCCCCGAAGCUCUGCCCUGUAAGAUGAACCGCACAGAUCAGACUGACCCGCCUCCAAAGCAGACCCAGAAAAUGGGACUCUGUCACUGACUUGCUCACUGAGUUUUUCCCCACAGUCACUUUUUAUCUCCUAAAUCUCAGCUUCACCACACACCUAGGUGUCAUCCUUGAGUCCCCAAGAGACUAGGUUGAGCCUGAAGUCUGGGGGCUGGGGUGGCAGUUGAGAUUUACCCACAGGCCGGGUUGUUGAUCUUGCAGAAGUGGUGCAGUCAGGCGGCAGGGUGGACGUCUGUCAACAGCUGGGUCUGUGGCGUGAUGCAACCAGCCAGCAGAGGAUGGGCCUGUGGUCUUUAGGAACCUCAGGAACGCUGAAUGUAUGUUGCAGUAGGAAAGUUUUUAAUAGGGGGAGAUGGAAAAAGAAAAAAGGGAGUGAUGAAAGUUUGGUGAGUGCCUACUGUAUUCUAGGUACUUUAAAUCCAUGAUCUUUUUUUCUCCAUUACAUCUGUGUGGAGGGUGCUGUCUUGGCCCUCGGUGGAAAGAUCAGAAACAGGCUAAAGGAAGUUAAGUCACUUGCCUAAGGUUACAUUGCACGUAAAUGGCAGAACUGGGAUUCGAACCUAUUCCUUUCCUAGUCCCUAAAGCCAUGCGCCCGUCCACUCUUCCAGGCUGCAGAGGGACAGGGAAGUGCAGGAAUGAGCUACACGCUCCCAUAAAGUGGGCCCUAGCUUGCUUGGAGCGAGGCUAUUCCGGCUGGCCCUCCUGUCCCCGGAGUCUUAACAGCUCCCGCUGGCUCUUGCCGCUCUGGCUCAGCCCGGUCCUCAGGAGGCCUGCGCGGCCGCCCGCAACCCGCAGCGCGGAGCCUGGGCCGAAGGCUGAGCUCCGCGGGAAGCAGCCGAAGGCUCCCGCAGCUCUGCCCCAGGCUUGCCUUCCCAAGCCUCCCCAGCCGGUGCCCGAGGCGGCGACUCUGGGCCGAGGGGAGACCCGAGUGAGAGCUCCUCAAGCAUCCUCUGGCUGCGCCUUCUUAGGAUGGAGACGGCGGGGAGAGAGGGUUUAAUUUUCCGUCCCAAAGAAUCGCAGGAAACUGUUCGUAGCUUAAAAACUCCAAACCCCGCGCUCUCCCUCCUCCCUCCUUUCCUCCCGCCCCCUCCCUCCAGCCUGGCCCACCGGCUCCCACCAUCUCGUCGCUCCUCUCCUCCUCCUGCUUCUCCCCUCCCUCUCGGGUCUCCCGCCUUCCCGGAGCACGCGCUGCCAGGGCCCGGGGUGCUGGGCGGCCAAUGGCGCGGCGGCAGGACGUGAUGUAAGGCGCGGCUGUAGAAAAGGCGCGGACGCUUGGCUGGCGCGGACUGCAGAGCCGGGGCUGGGCUCGGCGCGCUCUUGGAGAGCAUUGCGCGCGGCUGGGCCCGCGGUCGGCGGCUCCACCUCCCACUCUGCUCCUCCUCCUUUUUCUCCUCCUCCUCCUCCUCCUCCUCCUCCUCCUCCUCCUCCUCUUCCUCCUCCACCACCACCACCACCACCACCACCACCACCACCACCACCACCACCAUCACCAUCACCACCACCACCACCUCCUCCUCCUCCUCUUCCUCCUCCUCUUCAAUUCUCUCGGUGUCUCGGCUCGGCUCGCUGGCUUCGGAGAAACCCGUACUACAGUCGCCGACCCAGCGCCUAAGCGGGUCGCCUAGGGCUGGGGGCACACCCCAGGGAGGGGAGAGGUCCAGGCAGCUGGGCCGCCGCGGGCACCUAGCCGUUCCCGAGUGAGCCCCGACCGCAGCCGUCGCCGCCUCGGGCAGAGUUUGCGCUCCUGCUUUGCGCCCGGGGCGCUGAAGCCGGGCGGGCGAUGCCCGCGGCGUGAAAGCGCCCGCGGCGGGCGCCGACCUCUGCCCUCGGCUUCCCCCUUCCCGCCCCCCCCCCCGCCCCUUGCCCUUGUGACCCUGGCUUUGGCGCCGCCGCCCAGGCGCCCCGCGAUGUAGCUGCCCCUGCGCCUCGGCGGGAGGCGUCCUGGCCCGCGGGCGCCCGGGGCCCGGAGCCCGGCCUGGGGGCGCAGCCGAGCUCGGGCGGGGCCGGGGCCGCGGUGGCGAUGCACCGGGCCCGUUAGCGCCGGGAGCGCCAGGCAGCUGAGGCGGGGGGCAAGCCCUCCCGCGGAGGAGCCGCGCCCCCGGCCCCGCCGGUCCCGCCGCGAUGCUGUUCCACAGUCUGUCGGGCCCCGAGGUGCACGGGGUCAUCGACGAGAUGGACCGCAGGGCCAAGAGCGAGGCUCCCGCCAUCAGCUCCGCCAUCGACCGCGGCGACACGGAGACGACCAUGCCGUCCAUCAGCAGUGACCGAGCCGCGCUGUGUGCUGGCUGCGGGGGCAAGAUCUCAGACCGCUACUACCUGCUGGCGGUGGACAAGCAGUGGCACAUGCGCUGCCUCAAGUGCUGCGAGUGCAAGCUCAACCUGGAGUCGGAGCUCACCUGUUUCAGCAAGGAUGGGAGCAUCUACUGCAAGGAAGACUACUACAGGCGGUUCUCUGUGCAGCGCUGCGCCCGCUGCCACCUGGGCAUCUCGGCCUCGGAGAUGGUGAUGCGCGCUCGGGACUUGGUUUAUCACCUCAACUGCUUCACAUGCACCACGUGUAACAAGAUGCUGACCACGGGUGACCACUUCGGCAUGAAGGACAGCCUGGUCUACUGCCGCUUGCACUUCGAAGCGCUGCUGCAGGGCGAGUACCCCGCGCACUUCAACCACGCCGACGUGGCGGCGGCGGCAGCCGCAGCGGCGGCGGCCAAGAGCGCCGGGCUGGGCGCAGCCGGGGCCAAUCCGCUGGGUCUUCCCUACUACAAUGGCGUGGGCACGGUGCAGAAGGGGCGGCCGAGGAAGCGCAAGAGCCCCGGCCCCGGGGCGGAUCUGGCGGCCUACAACGCUGCGCUGAGCUGCAACGAGAACGACGCGGAGCACCUGGACCGCGACCAGCCCUACCCGAGCAGCCAGAAGACAAAGCGCAUGCGCACCUCCUUCAAGCACCACCAGCUUCGGACCAUGAAGUCUUACUUUGCCAUUAACCACAACCCCGACGCCAAGGACUUGAAGCAGCUUGCGCAAAAGACGGGCCUCACCAAACGGGUCCUCCAGGUCUGGUUUCAGAACGCCAGGGCCAAGUUCAGGCGCAACCUCUUACGGCAGGAAAACACGGGUGUGGACAAGUCUACGGAGGCAGCGUUGCAGACCGGGACGCCUUCAGGGCCAGCCUCGGAGCUCUCCAAUGCCUCGCUCAGCCCCUCCAGCACGCCCACCACCCUCACAGACUUGACUAGCCCCGCCCUGCCAACUGUGACGUCAGUCUUAACUUCUGUGCCUGGCAACCUGGAGGGCCACGAGCCUCACAGCCCCUCACAAACGACUCUCACCAACCUUUUCUAGUGACUCACGCCCUCCCCACCACCCCCCCCGCCCCACAAUUUCUUUAAAAAAGAAAUUAUCUUUAGUUGAAUUCCAAGUGUAUUUUAAAAUAGAGGCUUUGAGCAACUAACUAACCACAUUUUAGGAUCUCGCCUGGAAACAGAGGAAGAAAAAAUUGUGCGUCCGGCUAAUGCAGCGGUGUGGAUUGAGGAGUUACUUGGAAAAUCUAUCUGCAACACAACAUUUGUGUCACUGUACAGUUUUGUGGACUGAGCGAGGAAAAACAACAAAUAAUUUAAGUUGGCUAGAGCUUCUGUAUUUUCAAAGACUGCCACGUGCCUUAGGAAUACUGUUUUAUGUCCAUACUUUGGAUGACUUGUUCAUUUUUCUCUCCCUCUUUUUCUCUCUGUAUAUUUAUGACCAGAGCAAAAAUGCAAAAAAAAACAAAAAAAAAAAAAGUUUGUUACUUUGAAUAGUCCUAAAAAAAGAAAAAAAAAAAAAGAAAAAUCAAACCCCCUCCAACGGUCGCUUUGUUGUUUUAGAAUUUUAAGGUGGAAGUCUGUUCGAAUAUCAGAAUUUGUAAAAUCUAACCAGUAAUAAAACCACUUAUUGAAACUA